AUGUCGUUUCUUCUGCGCGCCUCUGCCUCGCGCAUCCCCCAGCGCGCCAUCUUCGCUGCUUCCUCCCUCCGUCAUAGCUCUUCGACAGCUACCGGCAAGGGUACCACCUCGCUCAAUUCGAUCCUUAUUGCCAACAGAGGAGAGAUUGCGCUACGAGUGGGAAGGACAGCUGGACAGCAUGGCAUCCGCGUAACAACCCUGUACACAGACCCUGACGCCCAUGCUCAGCAUGCAUUGAGCUCGCCGUUUGCCUAUAAUCUGGGCGAGACCUCUGCUUACCUGGAUGGAGAUCGAAUAAUUGAGAUUGCUAAACGGGAGGGAUGCAAGGGAAUACAUCCUGGCUACGGAUUUUUGAGUGAAAAUGCUGGCUUCGCAAAGAAGUGUACAGAUGCCGGUCUUAUCUUCAUUGGACCACCACCUUCGGCCAUUGACGCCAUGGGUGACAAGAGCCGCUCAAAGGAGAUUAUGACUGCUGCCGGCGUGCCCUGCGUCCCCGGAUACCACGGCACAAACCAAGACGUCAACUUCCUCGCUGCUGAGGCCGAGAAGAUCAAAUACCCUGUCCUCAUCAAGGCCGUCAAGGGUGGUGGUGGAAAGGGCAUGCGUAUUGCUCGCACUGCUGCAGAAUUCCAGGACCAGCUCAGAUCCGCCAAAUCUGAGGCCAAGAGCUCCUUUGGUGACGAUAACAUGCUUAUUGAGAAGUACAUCACCACCCCACGCCAUAUCGAAGUCCAGGUGUUCGCAGACCAGCACGGAAACUCAGUUGCCUUGGGGGAGAGAGACUGUAGUGUCCAGCGUCGUCACCAGAAGGUCCUCGAGGAGUCGCCGGCACCACAUCUGCCAGAGGCUACAAGAAAGGACCUUUGGGCCAAGGCGAGAGAUGCCGCAUUGGCUGUCGGUUAUGAAGGCGCUGGUACCGUUGAGUUCAUUUUCGACAACGACACCGGCGAGUUCUUCUUCAUGGAGAUGAACACUCGAUUGCAGGUUGAGCAUCCAGUUACCGAGAUGGUUACUGGACAGGAUCUUGUUCACUGGCAGCUACUUGUAGCAGAGGGAAAGCCUCUCCCUCUCACCCAGGAGGAGGUCGAGGCCAAGAUGGCUACCAUGGGUCAUGCUAUCGAAGCCCGAAUCUACGCUGAGAACCCAGAACAGAACUUCGUGCCGGACUCCGGUAAGCUGAUCCACGUCCGUACUCCACAGCCCACCGAGGACGUGCGUAUCGAUGCCGGUUUCGUUGCCGGUGACGAAGUUUCUUCACACUACGACCCCAUGAUCUCAAAACUCAUCGUCCGGGGCGCAGACCGUACCGAGGCUCUGCGCAACCUUUCCAUGGCCCUUGAACAGUACGAAGUUGCCGGCCCGAUCACCAAUAUCGAGUUCCUCAAGCGUGUCUGCAAGAGCCCCGACUUUAUCGCCGGAGAAGUCGAGACUGGCUACAUCGAGAAGCAUCGUGAGGAGCUGUUCGCUAAGGAACCGGUUGAGCCAGAGCUCUGGGCUCAGGUAGCUCUCUCAACCUUUAUCUCGGGAACCAGCCCUAGCAACCCUGUUGGAAAUACCGGUACAGGAGUUGGCUUCAGCCCAGGCUACCAGCAACGCCAGUUCACCUUUGUCGAAGCAACAGCCCCCAAUACCCCUGAGGCCACUCCAGCUACCGUUCAAAUCUAUCAGACUGGCCCAUCAAGCUACGAUGUGACCAUCAACAACGAGAAGACAUUUAGCAAUGUUACUGCCACCCUUUCCGCCGAUGGCAAGGCUCUUACCUCUUUCUUCCCCCAUACCCGUCUUGACACCACCGUGAUCCGUGAUGAAGACAGCAUCACUGCCUUCCAGCACGGACGACAGUACAGACUCAAGGUUCCCCGAGCCAAGUGGAUGGAGAAGGCGCUAGGUAUUAAAGAAUUGACCAACAGCGUCCUAGCUCCCAUGCCAUGCAAGAUCCUACGUGUCGAAGUAGCCGAAGGUGCGGUAGUGGAGAAGGACCAGCCUCUUGUUGUGAUUGAGAGUAUGAAGAUGGAAACGGUUAUCAGAAGUCCAAUCAAGGGUGUGGUGGAGAAGAUCGUGCAUAAACAAGGGGACAUUUGCAAGGCUGGCACAGCGCUGGUCGAGUUCGCUGCCGAGCCGGAAGCCCCGGAGUCGUAA